UCAUUCAGGAUUCUGGCUCUGUCACAGUAUUUUAAUCGCAGACACUUUUUUAUUUUUGUCCAAAGACUCCAGCUCGAAAACACAACGCAAAUCCCCUUUCACUUUACUCAUUUCACGACCAUCUCGUCCCCUCCCUUGCUCUUUCUUCCUCCUUCUCUCCUUUUUCUCUCAGUGAAGCAAAGUGUCAAACACUUUAUAUUGCAUUACUUUUCUACUCAGAUACCUCAAAAUGUCACUCUCUCCAGAUCCAGCCCUUUGACAAAAACCAAAAACAUAAAAACCCAAAUUUCUGGACUCGUUAAAUUGUUGAAAAUUUAAAAGAAAAAAAAUGGGUGGUUUAAGAGAAUCAUGGUGUUUUUGCAAAGGAGUAAGCAAGGCAGAAAGAAUGAAGGGCGCCAUUUCCUCAAGUAAAGCUCCGGCAAUGGCGAGAAUCACCGGAGCCUCCGUCGAUGGAAUCUCAGUUUCCGGAUUCCUCAUUCACCGGAAUCUUCUCUUGACUACUCACGUUAACCUCCCUUCUGUAGCUGCUGCUGAAAGCUCCGAGAUCCGGCUCCAAAACGGCGUGGCUGCCACUCUCGUUCCUCACAGGUUUUUCAUUACCAGCUCUGUUUUAGAUCUAACAAUAGUGGGCUUAGAUGUCAUGGAUGGAGAAUCAAAUAUCCAGGGGCAGCAACCUCAUUUCUUGAAGACAUGUUCUAAACCAAAUCUAGAUCUAGGAAGUGCUGUUUACCUUCUAGGUUACACAGAGAAACAAGAACUGACAGUAGGUGAAGGAAAGGUGGUGAUUGCUACUGACAAUCUCAUAAAACUGUCAACCGAUGGAAUAAUUUGGAACCCGGGCUCAGCUGGAUUUGAUGCACAGGGGAACCUUGCAUUUAUGAUCUGUGAUCCUAUGAAGCUAGCUACAUCUCCUAAUACCAAGUCGUCCUCGACUUCUUCAUCCUCAUCAUCAUGGAAGAAAGAUACUCCUAUGCAAUUUGGUAUUCCCAUUCCCAUCAUUUGUGAUUGGUUAAACCAGCAUUGGGAAGGUAGUCUUGAUGAAGUUACCAAACCCAAGCUACCAAUUAUUAGGUUGAUGUCCUCAGGCCAGAAGAGUGAGCAUUCAUCUGCAUCCUUCACAAUGCGCCAGGUUUUUAAGUCAACAGAAACUGAUAAUGACAUAACUCCAUCCUCAUCGAAUAUAAUCAUGAAAACUAGGGAUCAGUCAGGACCAAGCUCUUCUGCUGCAGUGAACACCAUUGAAGAAGAAAUGCGAUGUUCUGAUCCACAUGCUGCACAUGCGCAAGGAAUCCCAACUCCUGAAAUAUAUGAAUCAUCAAAGUUGACUGCAGUCCCUCUUAGGAAGAAAGAGACUACCCAAAUCCAGCUUUUGGAUAUAAAUUUUCCUCCCAGGAUUGCAAAAACUGCUGUAGUUUUGCGGCCUGCCAAACAGCAACUUCUGAACUCAGAUGAGAAUUGUUUGAUGGAACUUCCUCCAGAAAGCCAACUGAGAGAAGAAGAUCAAAUCAGGAAUAGAGUACAGACAAGUCCCAGUGAGAAUGCUGAUGUUGCCUCAACAGGGUCUGUAAAUGGGACCCAGAGUGAGGUCCAGUCUAGUUCAUCUCCUGUAGAACUUUCGGAGAUGCAUAAUGGAUAUAGCAGUGAGGGGGAGACCAUGUACUCUGCCGAGACUGCCGAGAGCCGAAACUACACAAGUCCCAGAGAGGGGAAGUUUCAGCAAGUGGGAAGGAGCCAGAGUUGUGUGGGUUACACUAGAUGGGCAGCUGUUCAAAGAAAUUCAGUGGCUCGCAGGGCAUUGCUGGAAAAGCAGAGGACCUUUAUCCAUGGAAAGAAGACUUACUCACAAGGGGCAACUUCUCAAAGGAGUAACGACUACUUUAGCCCUACAGUUUCCUCAAUCAUGAAGAAACGUAACAACUCAGAGCAGCCACCAAGCAAACCACACCAAAGCACUGUUCAUUCAUCCCCAAGAUGGAUGUUUUAAUGAUUGUUGAUGUGCAUGAUACCAAAUGAGGCCAACAACAAAUAUAUAGCUGUUUACACUUUCUCUGUUAAAUGCCUUAAUUAUUUGCAUAUAAUGCAACUUAUUUGUUGUAACACGGUGCAGACUGAUUCAAGAUGAAUAAGAAAAGAUUCAGCCACGAAGUUGUAGUUCUGAUCAGUGAUCCAAGUAGCCACAUUGUUAAUACAAUUGCAUUAGACAAUUUCUGGCAAGUAGCUUUCAGAACAACUUUUAAAGUAUAGAAAUCUACUUAAAUUUUGCAUUACCCCAGCAGUUAUUGCCUCAUGAAUCAUGACAAAUGGAAUGGGUUAUGCGGUAAACAUUGUGCAUUACAGGCUUGACAUUACUGAUGGUUCUCCAUUUCUGGUAGAUCAAUUUGAGAAAGGUUAGCUCUAUUCGUAGUUAAUAAGCUGGAGCUCUUGUAUUCUACACCUUACUU